AACCGACAUUGGUCAGUCGCAAUUCUGCACUUGGCGUUCUGCAACACGUUUCUAUGCCCAUGUGAGAGCCCCGGCUUAUACCUGCCACCACUCAGAUCAGUGACUAUACCGGACCGUUCAAUCAAUCCACCGGCACCAAGGCCAAAGGGGCCUCCAGGACCGUACCUGUCAACCACGUACCUUUCAGCAUCAACCAAGUGAAACGCCACCGACGCCCCAGUGAUCAGAAUGCCUCAACAAGACGAGCCCAGUGGCAACCCAGCGGUCAUGGCAUACAACGCGGUGUUGGUCCUCUUCGACGUGAUCGUCUUCAUGAUCAAGGCGGUGUACAUUACGGUUAAAGCGAUAGUAGAAAUGGCUGUGUUACCCGCGGCUCGGGACGUCAGCGGGGACAUCGUGCUCAUCACCGGCGCCGGUCAUGGGAUGGGCAAAAACCUGGCCCUACAGUAUGCAGCCCUCGGCACAACCGUCGUAUGCGUGGAUGUCAACGAAAAGACCAACACCGAAACGGUUACCGCAAUCAAGGCGAGCCGGGGAGGCAAAGCAUUCGGAUACACCUGUGACGUUACGAACCGCCAGCAGGUGCUGGAAACCUGCAAGAAAAUCAAAGAACAAGUGGGAAUCGUAAGCAUUCUCAUCAACAACGCCGGUAUUAUGCCAACACACUCUCUGCUCCAGCAGACGGAGAACGAGAUUCGCAAAACUUUCGAUAUCAACGUCCUGGCGCACUUCUGGUUCAUCCAAGCACUGCUGCCCGAUAUGCUUAAGCAAAAUCGUGGUCACAUUGUGGUGCUAUCGUCGAUUGCCGGUAUGAUCGGAUUCAAAUACCUGGUACCGUACUGUGGCACCAAAUUUGCCGUACGCGGCAUCAUGGAGGCACUGUCGGAGGAGCUGCGAGCCGAUCCGGCCAAGCCCAAUAUUAAGUUUACCACCAUAUACCCGUACAUGGUCGAUACCGGGCUGUGCAAACGUCCGUAUACGCGUUUUCCCAGCCUACUCAAGAUGGUCAAACCGGAUGAUGCAGCCGCCGCCAUCAUUGAUGCCCAACGCCGGGGACUGACCGAAGCGUCCAUCCCCAAGUAUUUACUGUACCUGAACACGUGGUUCCGAAACCUGCCAUUGCGUGUCGGACAAGAAUUCGGCGACCUGCUUGAUACCGGUCUACAGUCGGAUCUGUAGCUGAAACACCCGAAAACUGUACAAACUGUACGCUAUCACCGGCUCGGUUUGUUCUUAUUACUUUUAUUUUCACCACCUAUCGGUACCUGUUGCAAAUAAA